GGAAAACAAAAAACAAAAAAAAAAAAAACACAGCUCCUCUUGUCUUCUGCUGUUCCUAUAUACACAAAACUAUACUUACAUAUCAAACACCUCCAAAAUCGUUACAAUUCCAUCGGUUCAUCUGUCGAUCAACUGCGUUUUUGGUGCAAAAGGGAUUGAAAUUCCUCGCUCUAUAAGUUCGAUUGUUGAUAAAAAAAAAAAACCCUCUUGAUUUGCAGAUUCAAUUCACUUUGUUCUGUAUCUAUUCAUAUUUUUUGUAUUGAUCAUCGGAAGGUUUUAUUUUUUUGGGUUUUUGUUUUGUUGAAGUUUUGUUGCUGUGGAAGUGGUAUGUUGGACUUUAGGGAAAGUGGGUUGUUAGGGUUAGGGCUUUUGGGUUAGGGUUUUUGGGUGGUGGUGUUGGAUUGAGAUGGAAGAUACUGAGGUUGAAGAAGGGGAGGCUUCUUGCUAUUUCGAGGAUGACUCAAACAUUGACCCUGACAUAGCUCUCUCUUACAUUGAUGAGAAGCUUCAGAAUGUGUUGGGCCACUUUCAGAAGGACUUUGAAGGCGGGGUUUCUGCAGAGAAUUUGGGGGCAAAAUUUGGUGGGUAUGGUUCAUUUUUACCCACUUAUCAGCGUUCUCCUUCAGUACGGCCUCAGCCAAAGACUCCACAGAGAGUUCAGAAUUUCAGCUCACCAAAAUCGCCUUAUGUUUUGCCCGUGGAGGGUGGUCCCCACAAUUCUACAGCUCCCUCAGAUGCAGCCCCGUCUCUCAGGAUUGGCACUGCUACCUGCGGUUUGCCCUCAUUGCAUGAUGCAAGGGCCCUGCCAGUGUAUGUUUCAACCAAACAAGAUUCAUGCUUGGCUUCUGUUCAAGUUAAUGAAAAGUUCCCCUUGAAACUUGAAUGUGUUUCAAAUAAGCCAGCCAAACAAGAUUCAUGCUUGUCUUCUGGUCAAGUAACUGAAAAGCUCCCCAUGAGACAUGAACCUGUUUCAAAUAAGCCAGUUAAUCCAACUGAACACAGAACAUUGAAGGUUCGAAUCAAAGUUGGUUCUGAUAACAAAGCUAGGAAAAAUGCUGCAAUUUAUAGUGGCCUUGGGCUUAUUUCUCCAUCUUCCUCCAUGGGGAACAGCCCUAGCCUCGAGGAGAGUGGUGGAAUGCCAUCUGAAUGUCAAGUGUCACUGGAAGAAUCUCCCGACAACAUACUUGGGAUUAUGACAUCUUUUCCAGUCCCUGGUGGCUUGCCGCUGUCACCGCUUCACGAGAGUUUGCUUUGCUUGGAAAGAAAGGAAAAAAAUUCACGAGGCAUUGAUCUUGUUCCUGCCAUCAAGUGUGGUGAAGAGCAUCCUGCUGUGUUGGCAAAUGAUUCAUCUUCUUCAAUGGAGAAUAAGAAAGUGCCAAAAGAGAAGAAAACAAAGAUACAGGAGAAGACUCACAAGCUGGUAGUAUUGAAGCGAGAAGUCGGUACGAAUUUUGACGAUAACGGAUCCACCCUUGUGAAACGGGAAGUAGCGAGAAAUGUGGAACUUGAGACCUUGGGCUGGAAACAGGGUUUCUCUAAUGACACAAAGCUCAAGCCGCUAUCCAAUUAUGAAUGUCAUGUGUUGGAGGUCGACAUGGAUGGGAUAGAAGACAGAUCACCCAUUGACUUAGUUAGGAACGAGUGUUUCCAAUCAAUAUCUGACCGAGAGGGUGGAAAAUAUGAGAAGGCAAAAGCUAGGAGUAGUUCUAUUGAGAAGAUUUGUGAAAGCAGGUUAAAAAGUACCCUUAUGGAUAUUUCAACUGAUGUUACAAAAAAUGACCUGAGCAGAAGUGACAAAGUUUCUGCCCCAUUGAAAGCUGAUUCUGAUGUUUCUAUGAGCAAGAGAGACCCUAAUAUUGGGGCGGCAGACAAGUCAGCACAGAAGGUUGGUCAGACAGCUGCAAACUAUGUAGAGGAUGAAAUUAGAAUGCCAAAUGGUGUUGGAAAAGCUUCAUUUGGGGGAAAAAAUAAGUCAAGGGAAAAAAAAAGUAGUGGUAAGCAGGGUUUGGAAGUAGAUGGAAGCUUGAUGGUUGAAGUGCAUGAAGUGCCAAAAGACAACAAGAAAGCCGGUAAAAUGCACAAGUCAAAGUUACAGAAAGACAUUCAAAAAACCCGUGAUGACUCUAAGGAUGUCCUGCACGAAACACGAGUAGAACAGAUGAACAACGAAAUAGAUUCACUGGAGAGGCCUUUCGUUGAUAGGACAAAGGACUCUAAUCUUCAGGCUGUUGGGAGAAAACAUUAUGCAUCAUUGGAGAAACCAAAGGAGGUAUUAUGUACCACUAAAACAGUUGAUAACUUGACAUCUGAAACUAUUUUGAACGACGCUGCAAAUGACGGACGCCCUUCUGCCGAAGGUGUUACUUCUGAGAUGGAACACACUUCAGUUGAUCCCAUGGUAAUAGAAGAAGAUUGGGUAUGUUGUGACCUUUGUCAAAAGUGGCGCCUUCUUCCAUAUGGUACUAAGCCUGAUCAACUCCCUGAGAAGUGGUUGUGUAGCAUGCUUAACUGGCUGCAUGGAAUGAACCACUGUGAUUUCAGUGAGGAAGAGACUACAAAUGCUCUCAAUGCAUUAUACCAACUUCCACUUCCCCAGAGCCAAAAUCACCUUCAGAAUCAUGUUGCUGGAACUGCAGCUGGAGCAGCUGAUGCCUUUCAUUUUGACCAGAGCCAUCCAAAUCUCAGUUCCCAUGCCAUGCCUAAUCCAAGAAAGAAGAAACAGAAAUCCAAAGGAACACCUCAUGCAGCUACUAAUGGUGGCACAGUUCAGAUUUCAGGCUCUACAAACAACAUCCGACAGGAGGUGGUAAAAAGAAGAAGUUUAAAUGACAUGCAACAGCCUAUUUUGGAGUCCAAAUUGAUGAGCAACUCUAAUGUUGAGCAUUUGAGCAAGUCUGGCAACUUCCCCAUGGACAAAAUUAUCCAUAAACAAAAAGAGAAGCAUGCCGUUAGCAGGGAUUCCAAGCUAGAUAAGCUGAUAAACAAGAGAGAAGCUGACCCUUAUGGGUAUGAGGCUACAAAGAAAAUUAAGGCUGAUGUUGCAUUUGGUAAUGAUAAGUCCUCGACUAUAGCACACAAUGGGAACAUAGACAAAAUAGGUCUUGGUUUGCCUAGUAAGGCAGCUGUUAAGAGAAUUGGGAAGCACGAUGAAAAAGGUAGCUCCAAGGAUGUAAAAUCUGGUUGGAAUGGAAAAGUUCGAAUUUCUGCAAAGAAACUUGGAGACCACGCUUCAGCAUCACUGCAAACUGGAUCCUUGGAUAUGGAAACAAAUGACGAAAGAAGAAUAGCUCCGAAGAAGAGGAAAUUGAAGGAUUGGCAGGAAAAUCAGAAUUAUGACGUGACUCCACGAAACAAUGGGAAUCAUGUCCCUGAGAGCAAGGUCUUUCUAAAGGAGUCUAGUGAUUGUGAAUUGAGGAAGGGAAAGAAAUGUAGGGUGUCUGGGACAGAGGGGAAGGAGUCCAGCACAAGUAAGGGUGAUGCUAGAUCAAACACCAAAAAUAAGGUGGCCAAAACCCUCUUGUCAAGUAAUAAAGAAAAUCCCGUUCAAGGCAGGGAAGAAGUUAAAAAUAUUGAGAAGGAUCAACUGCCAAGGAUAUACAGAAUAAAGGUUGCAUCUAAUAAGCCAGUCUCUGAUGAAAUGGAUCCAUUAAAAAGGGAUUUGGGAUCUGAACAACUAUCAAGGACGGCCACUUCGAGCUCUUCAAAGGUUUCAGAUUCCCGUAAAAGUAGGACCCACUUUCCAGAUGUGAGAGGCUCACCUGUAGAAUCAGUUUCCUCAUCUCCCAUGCGUAUGUCCAGCAUAGCAUUUGCAAGAAAGGGCAUUUUAGGGAAUGAUGCUGUGAGGAGUGGUGAUUUUCCUGAGAUGGAUAGCCCUAGGAAGUCCUUUGAUGGGGAAGCUAAUGUCGAGAGCGAUCGAUCUGGGACUGCAAGGAGGGGAAAAGUCUCUGGUGUCUUUCAUUCGGAGUCUCUUGGAUUUCCCGUGCUAGAUUUUCGGGAAAACAAUGCUUGUCAAGACUUUGGUGAAAAGUGUAAAUCAAGUGUCGAACAUCCUCCUGAAUUUCAAAGGGUUAAGGUGAAGGUAUGCGAUCCACCAAGGGAGAUGGAAGCAUUGAAUCUGAAACACGAUCUGAAGGAUGAGGUAGAGACUGGCACACAGAAUCUUGCCUUGCUCCAUGAAGGAUCGAGUGAUUUAGAUAGGCUUAAACCGGUAAAAGAUGAGAGAAGUGGUAUGAGGGGUUCUGAUGGUGAAGAUGCAAAGAGAAGUGAUCCAGCCCUACUGAAGUUAAGGGGCGGGAAUUUGCAAGUAUUCCCACCUCAUGCUCGCAAACAAGGAAAUGCUUUCGAUGUAGUUCCAGUUGGUAAUUCUUCUAAUGACGACUUACUGAAUCGGUGUGUAUUUAAGGAUGUCCUAAGUCCUGUUAGAAAGGAUGGCUCUAGUCAUCUUGCUAGUAAUGCCUUGAAAGAAGCUGAAGAUCUCAGAUGCGUUGCUGAUCGUUUGAAGGACUCUGAGUUUGGUUUCGAAUGUAAUGAGGCAUACUUCCAAGCUGCCUUGAAGUUUCUUUAUGGUGCUUCACUUCUAGAAACCUGCAAUGGUGAUAUUAGUAAACAUGCGGAGAUGUCUCCUAUGCAAAUCUACAGCAGAUGUGCCAAAUACUGCGGAGACUGUGCCCAUGAAUAUGAGAAGCGCAAAGAAAUGGCCGCAGCUGCAUUGGCCUAUAAAUGCAUGGAGGUAGCGUACAUGAGGAUAGUUUAUUGCAAAAAUUCAAGUACAAACAGGGAUCGGCAGGAUUUGCAAACAAGUUUACAAAUGGUUCCUCAAGGUGAAUCUCCAUCAUCUUCUGUAUCGGAUGUUGACAACUUGAACAAUCAAGCAAUGGUGGAUAAGACUGCUAUUUCCAAAGGCCUUGUUCCUCAUGCUGGAAACCAUGUUAUUGUUGCUCACAACCAGCACAACUUUCUUCGAUUGCUUGACUUUACAAAGGAUGUAAAUUCUGCAAUGGAGGCCUCCAGGAAAUGCCAGACUGCUUUUGCAGCUGCUAAUGGAAUCCUGGAAGAGGCUCAGAAUAAGGAGGGCAUUAUUUCUGUUAAGAGGGUCAUUGACUUCAGCUUCCAAGAUAUAGAGGAACUAAUUCGUUUGGUACGGCAUGCAAUCGGAGCCAUCAGCUGUCAAGGUUUAGGUGGCAGUAAAGAUUAAGUGAACCUUGUACAUGGCAUGUGCUUCUUUGUUCUAUUUCCUCUUUGAGCUUGCAUGAGAAUAAGGGGAAAAGGACGGUCAAAUUGGCUUGGAUCAUGUGAAGGGACAGGACAAUAACAGCUUAUUACCUUUCUGUACAUGUGUACAAAAAGAGAUUGAUUUGCAAUUUUUGUAACGUACUAGUAGAUUUUGCAUCCUGUUUUUGAAAUGAGCAUAAUGUGCUCACCCUUGCAUUGAGGGUUGGGUAAGAGAGCAUAUUUACGGUUUAGUUAUUCGGCGAGAAGAUUUGGAGGCUGUGAGAGUGCAGUUUCAAAUUUUAUAUAGGUUCCAUCACUUAGAAGCUAGAGAAAUAUAGUACUACAGAGAUUAAGCAUCUAUAGUUAACAUAUAUGAGGUGAUUUGAGUUCAAAUAUAGAUAUGACUUGUCCGUUCAAAUGAAGGACUUCAUGUUUAGGUACCAUAUGUUUUGGCUUUUUAUUAAUGGAAAUAAAAUCCAAGUCUGUGGAGGAGGUUCUCCUGCAUUUAUUUCUAACAUUAUCGUGCUGUGCUUCCUCAUUUGUCUUUAAAUUAGUUUGAUGCCCUGCAGCUCCUUCGCCUGCAAAACGAUUUAAAUUAGAGCUUUGUCAGAUGUUGCAAUAUCUGGUACGUAUUGUUAUUAUGUUAUCUGGAGGAAUACCAAUUUGUUAUUAUUCCGGAGGGAUAACCAAUUUCUGCAACGCAUUAUUUUCUUAUAUUAGUAGAUAGAGAGGAUACCAAUUUUCUGUUCUUAAUUUACCAUUCUUAAUUUUGUUAAUUUCUGUGCAGGUUGAUCAACAUAUCUUCUUUUUUCUUUUGGUUGAAAGCUUGGAUUACCACGAUGUCAGACUUGUUCCCUUAAAGAAAGUUACAGCAAGAACUAUCAAAUGUUCAGUUCAGCAUUGACUGAUAAUAGGAAAUUUGGGCUCAAGCUGAAUUAAUUUCUUUGUCUGUGGUUGACAGAGUUUUUGCCCUAUACAUUUGGGGCCCGUUUUUUUGUCCGGGUUUGGGAAUGGACAAUAAAUCCAAGGGCACCAUAUGUCCUAGGUUUGGUUGAAAUUUUGGCAGUUCGGAUUUCAUAUUCGAAAUCCCACAAAAAACAUGCUGUGUACAAUUCACGGGGGAUGUGGUACUAUUAAUUUGAUCACUCUUAGUCCGAUCACCGAUGGGAUUGCUUAGUCUUUGGGGAUGAAUGUUCCCUCACUAUUUGUCCACUCAAACAAGCAUGUCCUUUAGGAAUUUAAUUGUGUUGUGCUUUUUGUUUGUAUGUUAGAUUGAGUACCUAAGGGUAGUCUAGGAAGAUCAACAAGUUCUUGAAGACUCGGGGUUGCUGAAGGCGGAGGAAGAGAGAAUCCAAGGCAAUUUUCUGUAUCAGUGGUAAGGGGGUGAGUAGAUCUGGUAUGAACAACCACUUAUGAUGGCUUGGGUGUCUUCUAUACAAGGGGAGGGUUUCUCUAAGGGACUUAUGGCUGAAGGACGUGUGGAGGCUUUUGGAUGGCUGCCAACCCGAGGGUCAACGAGUAUGGUCUGAGUAACCGACCUAUGACAGCCAAGUGUCAUAGGUCAAGGGUUGGUGGGUUGGAGUCGGCACAUCAAGGGGAUACUCGGAGGAUUAUGAGAGGGUGGACAUAAAGGGGUUAUAGCCAUGUGAGGUCUAGAUCCUAGGUCUGAGGGUUCAGUGUGCAGAGGUCAGUGAUAUGUGGGACUUAAUUUUCAUGUGGACAUUCUAAUUUUCAUGUGAUAUGUGGGACUUCAUAUCAUGCGACCUCGUGAGUCUUAUGAAUGUCAGGUUGUAGGUGAUGUCUGGUCCUUCAGUCUUAUGUUUCAGAGGGUUGGUAUGAUACGGAUUCUAAUAAAGUUGACAUCUCAGUCAGCGAAUCUCUCUCCUUCUAAGACCGCUGUGAAGGUAAACUCCUGAAGACAAUCCCUUGGGUUCAAACCCCCAUGCCACAUUUCUUCUUCGGUCUCGAGUGACCUGAGCCCUGCCUCAGCUCAAGUGUAGGCUUCCGACCUCAGGGCUGGUCGUCCUUCAGAGAAGCCCUUGGGGCUUGUCCUUCAGCUAUGAUGACCCUUGCUCCUGAGGUCUCCUUUCUCCUUCGGCCCUUGAGGUCCGGGCCACGUACCCACGUUGUUCAUAUUUGAUUAGUUUCACUCCCCAGCAUCAGUUCUGGAAUGCAGCCCUGAAUCAGUUUCGAGGUUGUAUCAGCGCAUCGAGAAACUUCUGCAGCUCAUUCUUCGUGUCCCGCUUGGACUGCCCCAUACUUGACAGAUAACUUUGUUGAACAUGGUUGAAUCUUGUCAGUGCAACCAGGCUGUUGUCUUGAUUUGUCUGAGCCACAGUUUUGAGCUGCCAAGGUUAUAAUCUAUUUAUCAGUUGGUUU